GUUAGACAGUACUCAAAAAUGAUUGAACUGUAUCAGCAGCAAAUCCUUAAUCUAACCAUCAGAGUGGAGUAUAUGGAGAAGAGCAGUGUAUCUUACACAGAACUGGACUUCCAGUUACUGAAGGUGGAAAUCAGUGACCUAGAGAGACUGGUCACUCAGCUGAAAUCCAGCCUUGUUGGAAGCAAUGUCAUCGUUGAGCAAAUAUAUUCGGAGAUCACAAAUCUGACUAUACUGGUAAAUGAACUAGAAUCACUGGACAAAAACAACAUCCUUGCAAUUCGUCGACAAAUUGUGUCUCUGCAGAAUCGAUUGAAAGAGUAAACUAUGGUACCCCCUUAUUUCCCACCGGGUAGCUGCAUUCACCGUGGACUGCUGAAUGUUAGCCAGCCCUAUAUUGUAAAGCUGAACUGGAGAGGAUUUUCCUACAAAUAUGGUUCCUGGGGUAGAGAUUACUCUCCCUCUAACCCAGAGAAGGAAGUCUAUUGGGUUGCACCACUGAACACAGAUGGGAGAUACUUGGAAUACUGCAGAAUUUAUAGUUCCUUUGAUGAUUUGCUGCUGUUUAAACCCACGUAUGAAAGAAGAAUAACAUACGGGGAAGGAAGUGGUGCUGCCCUUUACAAUAGUUAUUUGUACUAUCAUGCUUAUAGUUCAAGCGAUAUGGUGAAGCAUGAUUUAAAAACAAACACCAUGGUUUUGAGGAAGAGGCUUCCACAGGCUGUUACGAAUAACCGUUUCUCUUAUGCAGGUGUUUCAUGGCAAGCCAUAGAUUUUGCCGUGGAUGAAAGUGGGUUAUGGGUAAUAUAUUCAACAGAAAAUAGCAUGGGCAACAUUGUGAUUAGCAAACUCAAUGAGACCACACUUGAUGUGCUAAAUACUUGGCAGACAAGACAGUACAAGCCAUCUGUUUCCAAUGCUUUCAUGGUAUGUGGUGUUCUGUACGCCACAAGGCCAAUGAACACAAGGAAAGAGGAAAUCUUCUACAUGUAUGACACGAGUACUGGCCAAGAAGGUCAUGUUAGUGUCGUUAUGGAUAAAAAGUUAGAUACUAUCCAGAGUAUUGAUUAUAACCCCACAGAUCAGAGACUCUAUGUUUACAAUGAUGGUUACCUUCUAAGAUAUGAUGUGACCUUUCAGCCUUAG